GUGCCGGUGCCUAACACGCAGGAGAUCACCCUGCAGGUUCCGUCGGAGCUUUUGAAGGAACACACACUCGUGCUCACUCUCAGUCCCCUUCCGUCGACGGGGAAGUCCCUGGGGAAUGGCGAGGGCUCUGGCGCCGCUGCGAGCACAGGAGGAUCCUCGGACGAAGGGCCGACCCUGCAAGGGGGAGAAGCAACGGCUCUGACGACCAUGAAACCUAACGCGACGACGAGCGCGAACGGAACGACCUCCGAGACGCCUUCUGAUAUCCUCAAAACCACCGUCGCUCCGACGGUGGUCUUGAAGCCCCCCGUCGGGGGGGACGCAGACGUGCCCGAGCUGAUCCUCCAAUUCCCAAAACACAGCGUAUGCCCCGAGGGACACGCCCCCGACAUGAACGGGAAAUGCCGCCUGCUCUUCAAGCCUUCCUUGCCCGCAGCAAAGUCGCUCGACAACAGCGUCGUCCCCGAACUCCUCUCCCAGGCGGUCCACAGCCAGGAAUGAGCAGAGGAGCACAGGGCUCUUGUGCGCGAUGUCACCCCCGCCCCUGUUGAGAUGCUCGUGUGGCCAACGCAGGUUCAUGUUACUAAAGCAUUUAUUUGUUGUUGUUGAAGUGAACCUACAACCUGAGCUCUCAUAGUCAGCGAUUAUGAUUAUCAUCCCAGUAGUAAAAACUAUCAACACGACAAUUAUAUUUAUAUAGUUACGUUCGAGGCAAAUGUUGAGAUUAAUAUUAGUACUGGUAACAUUUCAUUAAAAAAGUGUUGAUAUUGGAUAUUCUGAUGUUGAAGACAGAAGUGAUUUAAGAAACAGACUUAAAAAGUGAAGCAUACAAAAUUUAGAGGUAAAUUCUCUUAAUGACAAGACAUUUUUAGUGAUGGAACAAACUUCUGUUCUUAACAAAUGUGCUAAAUGGCUUUGUAGUGCUUUUGGUUCGAUUAGG